CGAAAACAAAUUGUGAUAGUAAUGAGAAACAGUUCAACUUUACGUAAUGAUUUUUUUUAAAGAAUUCUUGCAAGGCUGUCACGGGCGAGGAGGCGUGGUAGACAGGCACUGGAUCCGAGGUGCCCGAGUCUCAGGCACUCUCCAACUCGGCAGCCAGAGGUCUACUGGAAGUUGGGAGUGUAGGCGCAGCCCAUCAUGUUACACCACCUGCAGCUUUACUGUGUGUUUUUCGCAUUGGUCUCCGUACAGGCUCAGAAUGGUAAGUAAACUUGAAACUAAAGAGCAGCCUCGGAGAGGGUUGCAACCCUGGCUUACAGGGAUAAUCGCAGUGGUUGUGUUCCUAUGCCUAUGCUUCAUUGGAUUUAUAGUGAAUAAGAUCUGGUGCACAGAUCCUGAGGUGAGUAAUCACCUGGAAUCGCCAGCACCAGAAGCUGAUUAUGCAAACACUAAUGGAACCCAGAUUACAGAAACUCUGACUUUAAAAGAUGUGAGAUCAAGUGAACAUCCAGGUGCCUAUGAAAAUAUAUACGAAAUCCCCUAUGAUGAAUCACCAAAGAUAACUAUAACUGCAAUGUAACACGGUUUAUGAAAUCAUAUUUUUCAACAGAUCUGUUAAUUUCUGUUGAGUUAAUUUCAUAUGAUCCACUGAUGUACAGCACAUUUUCUUCUUUUGUUUUGAAUAGAACAAAAUAUAUUAUAGAGAAA